GGAGACAAACGUACACAGGAGGCAUACAAACAAUCCACCUCUCUACUAAUUACUCAAGAGGGCUGUAAUUUUUGUGGAGUGUUUUAUUUAAUUAUUUUGAAGACUUUGUAAGUUUAUUAACUAGAUUAGAUGACCUUUUUAGCAAUAUCUGACAAUAUGCGUAUCAGUUUUUGGAAAUGGCUGUGAACUUGGGAGCUAAACAAUAGUCUUGACUAAACAAUAGUCUUGAAAACCAGGGUAAAAACAGCCACAGACUAAGCAGCAGACAUUUAAUAUCCUGUGGCAAGACGGGAUCUGUAGCUUGGGAACCAGGAAAGAGACACAUAAUGGACAAGUUCUUCAAACCCGUCCACAGACCUUCUUCAGAUCAGACUAAGAAACAGAGGAACCACCAUCAUCAUCACCAAGACACUCGUUCACAGAGGUAUACGAAGCUUGAUGACAGUGACAGACAUACAGAUGACAGCCGGGGGCACCAUCGCCGCCACCAAUACAGUGAAUAUCUCUAUGACACCCCCCAUCCCGAUGGCCAGUAUCUGUAUCAACAAGACAUUGAGAAACUUUACGACCACCGCACUUCUGUUACCCUCUCCAGGGCCUCUUCCUCUUCCCUGUCCUCCACUUCUUCCUCCUCUUCCACUUCUUGGUACACAGAGACAAGUGCUAACAAUCCCUUCUCCCUUCAGCAUGCUGAGAGGCCACCGCAUUCCCUGUCCUGCUCCAAUAUCUCGGAUGUGCGCAGAGCUUUCAGAGAUGAUGACAGCAGCGAGCCCAUUGUCUUUGCCACUGUCAAGCACAGCAAAAGGGGCAACACUGUCAGCAAGUUGGACGAUGGCUCACACCAAAGCAGAAGGAAUGAUCUCUACGACCUGAACAGAGGUCACAGUCGAAGUGAAGAAGGGCUUCUGCAGUGCAAUGAAAUAGAUGGGGGGAAAGGACGGUCCAAAGUGUCAACAAUCGACCACGGGCCCUUGUAUAAGACAACUAGUCUGAACCGAAGCUUGGCUUUCAGUGAGGAGGACAUUGUUUUAGGAGUGCCCAGGGGUCCUAUUAGGGCAGUCUCUUCGAGUCAGUUACCCAGCAAGGGGAUACUCAAAAACAAGGAGAAUAACAAUGACAUUCGCAAGGCCAAGUCAAUGGAGGUACUUUCUCCAAGAGUCACCACAGGAGAAGGACAAAGUGGGCAGAAAGGGAAAGGGAUCACUCAGGCUGAGAUAGAGCAAGCACGGGCGAACUUUGUGGCGGGAAAGUUGCAGUUCUCAGCUUUUUUAGAUGAGAUCACAAAACAGGUCAUGAGUCCUUCCCAACUCUCCAUCUUUGGCGUGAACACCAAUAAAGCUACUGAGAAAACCCCUUCACCAGUCCCCAAACCUGAGCCGGUCAAGCCCGAGCUUCCUCCCAAGAAGCACAGAAGUGGGAAACGGAGUGACACCGAGCUGCCAUUGAAGCAACACAGCAGGCAGGUGAAACCGACCAUCGGCUCUCGAAAACAUUCAGACUGCUCCGAUUCGGACAGGCUGACAACAUAUGCAGCAAGGAAGCACCGCGGCAGCCCCCCACCUCGUCAUUACACACCAUCUCCCAGCCAAGGACGGAAAGACAUGAGGCCCUCUCCAACUGGAGACUCCAUGUCAGGGGACAGAUAUGGCAGAUAUGGGCCUCACCAUACAGAUGGAACCAGCACCAGUCCUGAACCAGCCCAACCCAAGCAGCGCCACCACCAUAAAUACUAUCCCAGCAACUUUCAAAACCAAAACCCACAGACCCAACACUUCCCCAUGCAGACGCACCAUGAGGCUGAGCACGGAGGGCCGAGCAACUCGCCCCCACACUCAUCCCAGCUUGCAAGACAAGGGUUCGGCUCUGAGUCCUCAUCCACAAAGUCCGACUCAUCCAGGGGCCGAGACACUGCCUCCACGGCUACCAGCUACAGCUCAGAGCAGGGAUGCCAACACCAGUCACAGCCCUUGGGGAUCUCUAAGCAGCACCGGAACAUGCUGUGCGAUCCGGACCACCUUCAGGCGUUGCAGGAGGAGAAUGCUGAUCUCCACCAGAACCUGCUGCAGACCGUGGUUUGCAUUGAGAGCCUGGAGGCAGAGCUGCAGAGGACCAGAGACGAGCUCAGUCAUGUCAAGGAGAAAUAUAAAAGCCUGCUGCAGACACAUAGUGGGACAAAAGAGCCACAUAAUCUUCUGGGAGAGCACCUUCACAAAGCGUCGGAGAGCCUGAGCAAUGAGAGAACAUUUCUGCUGAAUCGCGUCUCCCAGCUGGGCUCGGAGCUGAACGACGCCCACAGGACCAUCGCAGCUCUGGAAAACAUUAAUGUGCCAGUUUUGGUAAAAGAGCUCCUGGAGAAGUAUUUUGGUUCUGCUGAAGCUAUUCAAAAUUUUCUCACAACCUCUUUUCCAACCAGCCAGGCCCAGCAGACAGAUGGCCAAUCCUGCGAUCCCAAAGCAGAGGAAGCAGCCCAGGGUUGCCUGAGCGAGUCAGAGGCAGGUCGGCAGAGGGUCACGGCCUUCAUGCCGAUUAAACAGGCUCUGACCCCAGCUAAAAAUGAGGGCAGUCUUCCAGGCAAGCAUGAGUCCACUCACAGCCCAUCGUUCUCUCUGGCUGACAUGGGAGCUGUUUCCUAUAAAACCACAGCUCCCAGUAAUCCUGCCAGACCACAGCCUGUUUACCCACAAACCCAGCAGCAGUUACUGCGGAGCGUUGCCCACACCGACACCGCUCCAGACCCUCAGCACGCCCACGCAGCGGGUGACAGAUGGGAAGGAAGAGGAGGGUUGAAGGUGCUGCUCUUUGAGCAGGAUGCAGGGGAUGUGAACUCCAUGUCGGCCCAGCAGAUCCUGGAUGAUUUCAUGCAUCAUCUGCAGGCACACAAGGAGGCCGGGGGAGGGAAGGAGCAGCAGAGUGGGCAGGAGUGGAUGAAUGGGGUGGAACAGGCAGGGAAAGUGGGAGACUGAGAUCACCGUCCGAGGAGUUUAUUCCUGUCCUAAUUAUUUGCCAGCAGUGAUUGUUCUUUAGGUGGCUAAAAAAGUCAGAGGGUGGGUGUAGAUUUAUGUAAUUAAUUCAUGAUGUUGUGUUCGUAGAGUUUUAUAUAGCUGAAUAAAUCCGGCACUUGAAGGUUGGAAACAGAAGGACUUUCUGUUAAUUUUAUGGGAUUUGUGCAAUGUUAAGUCUUUCUAACUGAGGGAAAAUACAAGUUUAAAUAGAAAGUUGGCAAAAUUCUAAGAAAAUCUCUCAAACAUGUUGAAAAAAUAUUUGGAAACCCUUGAAAUGAGGUAAUAUUUAAAUCUAAACUCUUUAAUAUGCUGUCAGUUCCUAUUUUUUACCUGUAAGAACUUCUCCUCGUCUUGGAGAGGUUUUCAUAGAGCAUUUCAUUGUAGAUUGUGUUUUCAUAUGUUCUGCAGAGUAUUUAUGAGGUCAGACACUGAUGCUGGAUGUAAAGGUCUGGCUGGCCUUGGAAUCUCUAUUCCAAACCUGAUUGAUACCUGUUAACAUACAACUCAUGUCAACGCUAACUGGAUUAAAGUCUGGAUUAUGUCAAUGAGAUGUCAUAAAAUGAAUUAAAACGUUUAACUAACUCUCCAAUUAAAAGUGGAGGCCAUAUACUUUUGUUAAUGUUGUCUGUCUCAUCAUAUGUAAUGCUUUUAAAAUACUUUCCUGUGUUAGCCAGCACUUUAAUAUGAGUUAAGUGUGUGAGUAAAGAUGAGUAUGAAUGCAUAGAUGUACAUACUUCACAGAAUGUAUAAUUAUUUAACACAAUGGUCCUUCCAUGUUAAAAUAAUAGAGGCUCUUUGCUGUUUUAGUGACUUUGAUGUACAGUAAAAUAUGAAUGUAAUAAAUACAAAUGGAUUUUCAAGCUGUAGAUUAGAUAAAGAGCAAAAUUAAAACGAUUUUAAUCUGUAUAAUUUCAGAGUUUCUCUAUUAAAUGUGCACAGUGUGUUAAAUCUGUGUGUUUAUCUCACUGCUACCAAUGAAGAUGCUUGUAAAUGGCUUGGAAUAUAAAUUUAUACCCAUUUAUAAUUUGUUUUGAUAAUCAUCAACUGAUCAAGCAGAUUUAAGUGAGAUUAAUGUAUUUGCAGAGCACAGUUUUAUGGUUUUUAUUUGCAAUGUACAUUUGUAUAAAUAAA